AUGGAGAUCCAGCAGUCCGAGUCUAAUCGGUGCCAAGUACGUGGUCAAUACGGUCGUGACGGUUGCGUGUCCAAUGCAGAAGUCUCUAGUAUGCCUGCUUCCAGCACACAUGCCUCUAGCUUGCAGAUUUCCAGUAUGCGAACCACUGGUCUGCCAGCUUCUGGCAAGCCAAAAUCGAGCGUGCAGGUUUCCGGCAUUCAUGCACCACAACUCCAUUCGACUCAGCACUUUUUUAUUUCGACAAGUGAUGCUAGCAGUAUGCGUCCCGGUAAUGUCUCCGUAACGGCAGACGGUGACCAAGGUACAGGUCAUCGGGCUGCAGCCCGAGCCGCCCCAUCGCGUAUUCACCAACGCUCGAUGAAAUCGCCAACAGCUGCUACUGUUCUGAAUUGCUCGGAGUCGGAGAAGUCUCUAGUUCAGCUGUUAAGCUCGUUGAAUCAAGGAAGAGCCCCCGUAAACUCUGUGGCUGCUGAUGUCCAAAGUGUGGAUAGUAGUUACCGUCAGAAUGUUUCAGGCUCGAACGGAAAAGUAGCCGAGAGUGGAUGUAGUGGAGGUCCUGGCAACACCAAGACAGAAGCGUCGUUCCAAGUUGAUUCUGGUCGUGGCAUACUGGACAAUGACUACCAACCAGAACGUCCAUCCCGCGAUCAAGCAUUUGUUUGCUCAACGGCCGCGGUUGACAGCUCGCCUCGUGAUCGCUCGAACGUUGAUGAUCGGUCUAUUGAAGUGAGUAAACUACGAAAGCGAAAAUCUGGUGAGAACGACGCUGAGAAUGGGCUAACGGCACGUGGUCUACCUAACAUGGCGUCUCGAGACGCCUUCAGGGCAGUGUAUCGUGAUGAUAGCGCUGCGAGUCAACAACAUGUUGCUGGUCAGCGUCAACAACAGACAGGGACGAGGCCAUCCUUGAAGCCGGGCGACUGCGAUAAGGAUACCGCUUCCAAGAUUGAGUUGAAAAAGAACCAUUCGUCACAGAGACUACCACCGGCCCAUCGUAGACCAGGGCGUCCGCGCAAAGCACCUUCUGAUGAGACUGCUGCAACGGUGCUAACUCCACAAACGGAGAGAAAAGGGCAUCAAGAUCGUAGAAGUACCACCCCUAGUAAAAGGGGAAGAGGUCGGCCCCCCAAACGCGGCAAGCGAGCAAAAGGUAAUGGCGAAGAGACAACAGGCGACAACUAUAACGAAGAGCAGGAAGGGGGGAUGGCAAAGAUGAGGAUGGCGCGGAAAGCGAACUAG